GUCGGCCCCCACAGGUCCCGCCCCACUCCCGAGGGCUGGGCGCCCCAUAUCCGGGUUCCCAGCUCCGCAGCCGUCGCUGCGCUCAUUCAGCUUUGCCCAGAUCCGUGGGAUUCCCGACAAAGAUGGCGGCCGUGGCGCGAGUCGGCUCCUUCGGUUCCUCCCCGCCGGGAUUAGCCUCGGUUUACGCGAGCGGACCCUUGGCCAACGAACUAACGUCGGGCAAUGGCGGAGCCGUUGCAGGCGACGACGAGGACGGGCAGAACCUUUGGUCCUGCAUCCUCAGCGAGGUCUCCACCCGCUCGCGCUCCAAGCUCCCCGCGGGGAAAAACGUACUGCUGCUGGGUGAAGAUGGAGCUGGAAAAACAAGCUUAAUAAGAAAACUUCAAGGAAUAGAGGAGUACAAGAAAGGAAGAGGAUUGGAAUAUUUGUACUUAAAUGUUCAUGAUGAAGACAGGGAUGAUCAAACAAGAUGUAAUGUAUGGAUCUUAGACGGGGACCUGUAUCACAAAGGCCUCCUGAAAUUUUCACUGGAUGCCAUUUCUCUGAAAGACACUCUGGUUAUGCUGGUUGUUGAUAUGUCCAAGCCUUGGACUGCACUGGAUUCUUUACAGAAAUGGGCAAGUGUUGUGAGAGAACAUAUUGACAAAUUGAAAAUUCUGCCUGAAGAAAUGAAAGAAAUGGAACAGAAGUUGACUAGAGACUUCCAAGAGUAUGUAGAGCCAGGAGAGGAUUUCCCAGCUUCUCCUCAGAGAAGAAAUACUGUGUCACAAGAAGACAAAGAUGACAGUGUGGUUUUACCUCUGGGUGCGGAUACUCUUACACAUAACUUGGGCAUUCCAGUACUAGUAGUUUGCACAAAGUGUGAUGCCAUUAGUGUAUUGGAGAAAGAACAUGACUACAGAGAUGAACAUUUUGAUUUUAUUCAGUCACAUAUCCGAAAGUUUUGUUUACAGUAUGGUGCAGCUCUUAUUUAUACUUCAGUAAAAGAAAACAAAAAUAUAGAUUUAGUGUAUAAAUACAUCAUCCAGAAACUAUAUGGAUUUCCCUAUAAGAUUCCUGCUGUUGUUGUGGAAAAAGAUGCAGUAUUUAUUCCAGCAGGGUGGGAUAAUGAUAAGAAAAUAGGAAUAUUGCAUGAAAAUUUUCAAACAUUAAAAGCGGAAGAUAAUUUUGAAGACACUAUAACUAAGCCGCCCGUCCGAAAGUUUGUGCAUGAGAAGGAAAUUAUGGCAGAAGAUGACCAAGUGUUUCUUAUGAAGCUGCAGUCCCUUUUAGCAAAGCAGCCACCAACUGCCGCUGGAAGGCCUGUGGAUGCCUCACCAAGAGUCCCAGGAGGUUCUCCGCGAACACCAAAUAGAUCUGUGUCAUCCAAUGUUGCCAGCGUGUCACCCAUCCCUGCUGGGUCAAAAAAAAUGGAUCCAAAUAUGAAAGUUGGAGCUACAAGUGAAGGUGUCCUGGCAAAUUUCUUCAAUAGUCUGCUGAGUAAAAAGACUGGUUCUCCAGGAGGCCCGGGUGUUGGUGGUGGUAGCCCUGGAGGUGGGGCUGGAGGUGGAAGCGGUGGUUUACCACCAUCUGCCAAAAAGUCAGGCCAGAAGCCUGUCCUAUCAGAUGUUCAUGCAGAACUAGACAGAAUUGCACGAAAACCAGUUACAGUUUCUUCUACAACACCUACAUCUCCUACAGAAGGAGAAGCUUCUUGAAGAUACCAAAUAAAGCCAUUUAUUCAGUCUUCAGGAUAAUGUAAACUUGCCCCUGCCUUCUCCUUCAAAAGUGGAAUUAUGGAGCUGGAGUGCUGCUUCAGAUGGACUAAAUUUCUUUUUUUUUUUUUUUUUUUUGUGGUUGUUCAUUUUUACAAAAGGGAGCUAUACAGAAGAAGAAUUAUUCUACACUAGGUAGGAUUGCUGUUUGCAUUGUCACUUUGCAUAAGGAAGUUAUUUUGGAUUUUUGAAAAACUCAAAAUUUAUGGAUCUGAAUUAUAGCCAUGUGAUCAUAUUCCAAAGGCUAUUUAAAACAUACUGGCAGGUUCAGGGAAGGGCAGAAAAUAAUAUGCUUUGAGCAUUUGACUGACUUGGAAGUCCAAGCUUAUUUUAGUUAAGACUGUUAAAAUAAUUUUUUAAAAUUGUGUGUUAGUUUUGCUGCAAAAGAGAAAAUGAUCAAUUGUCAGAUUUUCCACACAAACAUAAAUACACCACCACACACAGAAUAUGCUGAGAAAACUAUCAGAAAGUAUUUGGUACACUAGUCACUGUCUCAAUCCAUGAUCCUGUAAGUUGUCAUCUUGUUGGCCAAGGUUUGUUUCUUUAAAUGAGAAGAAAAAGCACACUGCCUAAAUGUGUAAAAGGAAAAUGCAGAGGUAAUUAAAAUGUAAAGAGGUAACAGUCUUUGGAAUUGUACACACACACACACACACACACACACACACACACACACACACACACACGGCUCUGCCUUAGUAAUAUACCCCUUUUUUGUUUGUGACUUUCAACUGUAAUCAGUUAAUAAAGUAUUUAUUCUCUGCAUUCGGGUUCAGAUAACUUGUUGUGUUCUCUUAUAUUUAAAUUCGUAUAUAUCACAUAAUGACUAAGUUGUUAGCAUUUUGAAGUGUUUGACUCAAGGAUUAUUGAGCUUUCUCAUCUUUCUAAGAGACAAGUGAGUACAUGAGAUUCACUAUUCUGUAAAUGUCCUUAAAUUGGGAGUUUACCUUGAUCAACACAUUUUCCCCACAAGCAUGUCUGGAACUGUAGAAUCUUAUGUCAGCAUUUCUAGUAGAUAAUAACAUAGCCUUUUCCAUUACUUAAUGGUCAAAAGCUGUUUUAAAGGCUUGGCAAAUGCACUGACACAGCUCCUCUUAGAGGUAUGCACACCUGUAAGUAGUCCCACCUUUUCAAUACUCAAGUUUUCAAUGCUUGUUUUAGAACCUUCAUAAGAACAAUUCAGUCUUCUUAUUGAAGUUCUACUGAAGAAAACAUGUACAUUUGCCCUAUUGAGUCAUUUCAGAUAAUUGGGGAAAAAUGGUUACUAUCCUUUAAACUGGUCUUUGUUUUUCCUUUAAAAUAUGCUGUAUAUUCCAAAGAUUUUUUUUCUACAAAGUGUUUGAGGGCAAUAGCUCUCUACUCUCAUGAUCCUUUCAUUAGAACUUUAAAAUCUGUUUAAUUUUAUGGUUUUAUUUGGCUCCUAAUGAUUUAAUGUAAAUGCUAAAAAUAUAUGAGGGGAAUAAUUUGUUUUAAUGUGGGAAAAACUAAGAUGGAAAAUAGGCAUGGGAAAGUUAAUUUGUAAAAAUUUUACUUGUAGAAAUACAAGAUGAAAAAUGCCACUGAUAAAAUCUUUAAUCCAGAAAAGUUUCUUCAAUCGUGUUGUAAAGAAAUUUUUUGUUUGCAUUGUCACUUUGCAUAGGGAAGUUAUUUUGGAUUUUGAAAAACUCAAAAUUUAUGGAUCUGAAUUACAGCCAUAUGAUCAUAUUCCAUUACUUGAAGUAAGUGAAAUUAAUGAAAGGAAAGAAGUCUGUGCAUCAUGGUA